CGCGCGCGCGCGCGCGCGCGAGAGUGCAUGUGUGCGUGCGGCGAAGGCGGUGGGGGGUAAAGAACGGCGACGGACUGCAAGUGACGUCACGACCGACCGACCCGUGUGUACCCUAGAGGGGGUUGCCGUCGACCGCGGCGUACGUACGCGGUGGUGAAAUUCAGUAACGUUCCCGACGUGUGCGAAACGUGUCACGCUUUCGUGCCGCUGACGUCUCGCUUACCUUUUUUGCCCCCCCUCCCCCCGUGUGCGUGUUUGCGUGUGUGUGUGUGUGUUUGAGAGCCACAAAAAUCACCACAAACGUCAUCGGUGUCCGACUGGGAGAGUUCGUACCGUGGAGCAUCGUAGCUGCGAGUGCCGCGUCCUCUGUUUUUUUUUCCCUAUUCAAAUUAAUAGAAUCUCGUCUUGCUGACCCCCGCGGUGGACACCGGAAACAGCUGCACCAAUAGGCACGGGAUUCGAGAUGACCAACGAUAUGGAAGUCGGUAAUAAAUCAUUUAACCUUCGGUGGAAUAAUCAUUUGGAGAAUUUACGUGCACUGUUCGAAUGUCUGUUCAAUGAACAAAUUCUCGUCGAUGUGACGAUUGCAUGCCAAGACGGUUUAUUGAGAGCUCAUAAGCUUAUUUUAUCCGCGUGCAGUCCAUACUUUGAAACAAUUUUUCAAGAAAACCCGUGCAAACAUCCUACGGUAAUAAUGAGAGGUGUCACUCUACACGAAAUGCAGAGUCUGUGUCAGUACAUGUACGUGGGUUCCGUGGAAGUGCAAGAGAGCAGUUUGAGUUCUCUUCUGAAAGUAGCCAGAGAGUUGCAGAUUAAAGGUUUAUCCGAGAAAACUGUGUCCAACGACCAUUCGUCGAAACCCAAACCGACGUUCAAUUACACACCGAUUAAAUCCGAUCCAAACGUCAAUAGCAAGUUCGAAAUGACAAACGGUAGCACUAGCUCGGCCGAUGCUGAUUCCAGGACGUUCCAGGUUCCUUGCGAGGACGAUUCGUCGGAUAACAAUACGUCUUUCGAACAAUCAAACAUGCUGAGUCCGCAAGUAAUGAUGGACGAACACACAGACGAAAAUAAACCUACCAUACUGUCGCAACCGAAGUAUCAACCGUCGCAAGUAGAUUUCCAAGCGUUCAUCGAGGCCCAGAACAAAGUCAGCUUGACCGGCUCCGUCGAGUGUCCAACUUGUCAGCGCACGUUUCUCAACAAACAGAACCUCAGGCGUCACAUGCAAACGCAUUCCGGACUGAAGCCGCACCAAUGCACGUAUUGCAACCUGUCUUUCCUGAGACUGUCGCACUUGCAACGGCACCACAGAACGCACACGGGGGAGCGGCCGUUCUUGUGCACCGAGUGCCCGAAGAGUUUCUCGAGGUCGGACAAACUGAGAUAUCACAUUAUGCAGCAGCACGCGAGCAUGGCCCAUCUCCCCGGACCCAAGCAGAGAGGUAGACCGAAGAAGGUCAGCAUAUACUAAAAACUGUGUACUGAGACACUGGCCGAACGCAUGCAUUUGAUUCACCUAAUGGUAAUGUGGACGUAACCAUGGUAGCGAACAUACAGAACUAUGAAGAACAAUGCGUACCAGUGCCUGUAC